AUGCGAUAUGGAAAAUGCCUGACAUUGCUUGAAAUUCACAUCUACUCUGUGACCCAAUUGCACUCGUGGCAAUGCGGCGGAGUGGUUGACGUGUCGAGAUUACACGCUGCACUGUCAUGGGGCGUUGAUAAGACCUAUGCGAGAAAUCAAAAUCACUGUUUGGCUGUCUUAAAUCUAGCCGCCCAAGAGCCAUCAAAUCUCGUCCUCGAUUUCGCCAUAUUCGAGAAUUUAGAGCAGAUGAUGCCAAUGUCCAUGUCAGUGCCUGUGAAUCUUCCCCUCCCUAUGACUCGGUUAUCUUCUUUCUCAUCCCCACCCUCAUUGUAUCUCAUUGUUUGGGGCCCUCUGUCCGGCUUACGUCGUAACUGCUGGUGUGAAGAUGCCCCGCGUCCAUUUUUCCCCUUAAAUCGCAAAAAACACACUCCUCUCGACCUUCAAGUUGACAGUCCCGUCUAA